CAACAGCCUCUCCUACAACAGUUCCAACAGUACCACAAACUCUCUAUGAGUACAUGAUUGAAAUUGAACUGAACACCACAGACGUUACAGUGAUAGAUCAACUGAGAGCCAUUCUGAGAAAUGCUAUUUACCCUGUCAGAAUCAAUAAUCUGAUACAAAUCACUGGUGUUAACAUGUCUACAGUUUGCUACCAAAAUGGUACUGGAUUCCAGUGCAGAUGUGAGGACCAGUAUCGUUGGUCAUGUGACCAGUGUGUCUCUUAUGGGAAUUGUGAUGACAUCACAUCUGACACGUGUGGAUGUAUCAAUGCCAUUCCUCCAGAUGGACAGUACUGCCAGUCGGUUCACUACCAAAAUUUUACAGCAUGUCCAACAACAACAGCCUCUCCUACAACAACAACAACCUCUCCUACAACAGUUCCAACAGUACCGCAAACUCUCUAUGAGUACAUGAUUGAAAUUGAACUGAACACCACAGACGUUACAGUGAUAGAUCAACUGAGAGCCAUUCUGAGAAAUGCUAUUUACCCUGUCAGAAUCAAUAAUCUGAUACAAAUCACUGGUGUUAACAUGUCUACAGUUUGCUACCCAAAUGGUACUGGAUUCCAGUGCAGAUGUGAGGACCAGUAUCGUUGGUCAUGUGACCAGUGUGUCUCUUAUGGGAAUUGUGAUGACAUCACAUCUGACACGUGUGGAUGUAUCAAUGCCAUUCCUCCAGAUGGACAGUACUGUCAGUCGGUUCACUACCAAAACUUCACAGCAUGUCCAACAACAACAGCCUCUCCUACAACAGUUCCAACAGUACCGCAAACUCUCUAUGAGUACAUGAUUGAAAUUGAACUGAACACCACAGACGUUACAGUGAUAGAUCAACUGAGAGCCAUUCUGAGAAAUGCUAUUUACCCUGUCAGAAUCAAUAAUCUGAUACAAAUCACUGGUGUUAACAUGUCUACAGUUUGCUACCCAAAUGGUACUGGAUUCCAGUGCAGAUGUGAGGACCAGUAUCGUUGGUCAUGUGACCAGUGUGUCUCUUAUGGGAAUUGUGAUGACAUCACAUCUGACACGUGUGGAUGUAUCAAUGCCAUUCCUCCAGAUGGACAGUACUGCCAGUCGGUUCACUACCAAAACUUCACAGCAUGUCCAACAACAACAGCCUCUCCAACAACAGACUCAUCAACACGUGAGCCCAGCACUACAGAUCAAAUAACUACAGUUGAUGCCACAACACAACGGACCACAGUUACUAACUCUACAACACCUGAGGCCAGCACUACAGAACAAAUAACUACAGCUGAUAACACAACACAACUGACCACAGUUACCAACUCUACGACACCCGAGUCCAGCACUACAGAACAAAGUACUACAGCUGACCUCACAACACAACUGAACACAGUUACCAACUCUACGACACCUGAGGCCAGCACUACAGAACAAAUGACCAAAGUUACCAACUCUACAACAUCUGCACCCACAACAGGAGAAAGUACUACAGCUAACCUCACAACACAACUGACCACAGUUACCAACUCUACUACACCUGCAACAAAACAGACCACUACAGCUGAUCCCACAACACAACCGACCACAGACACUGGAAGUACAGCAACUACUGAACCACCAACAACAACAGCAAUACCACCACCAACACCAACAACUGCAAAACCAGCUGAUAUUCUGUUGUUGGCGAUGUCCUUCAAAAUGAAUGUAGAUUUCACUAGCGACCUAAAUGAUAAAAAUAGUGACAAAUACAAAAAGUACAAAGGCGAUAUUGAACCAGUUAUCUGGGGCCAGUAUUGGAAGAACAUGCCAGGGUUUAUUUCAGCAGUAUUGACAAGUUUCAGCCGUGGAAGUGUUAUAGCCAACUUUGAUGUUAUGACCACAGCUGCAGACCCCACUGCAAUUAGCAACGCUAAUGCUGGAAUUGCAACAUCACUUCCAGCUGUUUAUAAAAUUGAUAUUAGCUCUUUCAAUAUUAUUUAUAACAGUAACACAGUAUUAAGUUAUAAACCAACUACCAUUUACUCUGGUGGCACCAUGACUCUGGAGUGUGGACCUCCUCCUGAUACUGUAAAGAUGGGCACUAUUAAAAAUGUUGAGUGGAAACGAAACGGAAGAGUUUUAACAUCGACUGGAAGGUUCACCAUCAAUACAGAAGAUUUUGCAUCACAAAAGACAAAACUUGCUAUCAAAAAUGUAAUUGCUGAGGAUGAAGGGAAAUACGAAUGCACUCUGAAGAGUGACAAAAUCUAUUUCUACCAAACGGGUCAAAUUGAUAUCAAAGAUGCUCCCAUUAUUCAAACGAAGACAGAAAUGAAUACCAAAUGUGAGGAGGGAAAAAGUCAGCCAUUGGAGUGUUGUGUGCAGACUCCCUAUAAACUAAUGUGGAAAGAAGGGGAUGUGGAAUUAAUCACAAAUGAGACUCCUGACAAUUGCAUUAAAUUUAACUAUCAAAUUAAAAACUGUAACAGACCAUCCAUUGUCACAUUAACGUGCCAAGUGAAAGACCCAACAGGAUAUGAAAAGACUACAAAAUUGACUAUUUUCGUAGGAGCUAUGAUUUGCAAAGACGAUCCGGUAUAUGGUAGUGGCCAAGUGAAAGACACAUCAGUGGCACCAUGUGCUAAAGGUGAGGAUGGAGAAAAGACAGCGAUAUGUGGAAGCGAUGGAACAUGGAAAGUUCAGAGUAACACUUGUGUCUUGACUGCAAUCAAUGCGCUACUGGCCUCAUCUCAGGAAUUGGAAGAGGCAACAGUUGGUGAUUUCUUAACAAAACUUAGUAAUACCUCUGGUAAUCUAAAAGAGAAAAUCGUUAGUUCAAUUGCAACUAUUUCGACCAUUGUUGAUAUUCUGAGAAUUGUUGCAAGUGUUUCAAAGAAUAUCAGCCAGUCUGCGAUAAAGAACAUUCUAGAAACAGUGAAUGUCCUAGUUUCUGAUGAAGCAAAAGCAUCCUGGACCACUCUCAAUGCCAACCAAAGUAGAAACACCAGCUCUAGUUUACUGGGCUCCAUGGAAUUUUUUGCAGGUUCUCUCCCAACGAAGUCCUUUAACGUGACAACACAGCUAAUUCAGUUAAAUCAAAACACAAUUAACAACUCAUUCAGCACCGACUUAAAUUCAAGUGUGUUAAUAGAGAUUCCAGAGACUAAUUCCAAUCACCUCACCAUCACCACUCUAACGUUCUCCUCCCUCAUUAAUGUGUUACCUGUCAGGAAUGGCAGCAUUCAAAGUCUCAAUGACAUCAUCAAUGGACGUGUAGUGCUGGUAAAGGUGAAUGGAACGACUGAAAAUGUCUUAUUGAACUUCGAUAAGGUGAACAAGUCGCUCACACUCAAUCCUCAGUGUGUUUUCUGGAACUUCAGCCUUUUUAACAGCUUUGGAGGAUGGGAUAACGCAGGAUGUAAUGUGAAGUCUAAGGAGAAUGGCAGGGUCACCUGUCACUGUAACCAUCUGACCUCCUUCUCCAUUUUGAUGUCAACUUCCAUUCCAAAAGAGAUUCAAGAUGCUUUGGAUAUAAUCACUUAUGUUGGAGUUGGCAUAUCGAUGGGUAGUUUAGUCAUUUGUCUCAUCAUUGAGGCUUGUGUAUGGAAGGCCAUGACCAGAAACAACACCUCUUACAUGCGCCAUGUCUCCAUUGUGAACAUUGCUGUGUCUCUCCUGAUUGCCGACAUUUGGUUCAUUAUUGGUGCAUCAAUAUCAAAAAAUUCCCUUGAAAAUCCAGGCGAGGACACCACAACACCUAUACCGGCAUGUACUGCAGCAACGUUUUUCAUUCACUUUUUCUACCUUGCUCUGUUCUUUUGGAUGCUGAUCUCAGGCCUUCUCCUUUUCUACCGGACCGUCUUGGUUUUCUCCCAUAUGUCAAAAUCAACUAUGCUGGCUAUUGGCUUCUCAGUAGGCUAUGGGGCACCUCUUAUCAUUGCUGUUGUUACUGUGGCAGCAACAGCUCCAAGUGGUGGAUACAUCAAGGAAAACCAGGCAUGUUGGCUCAAGUGGGACAAGACAAUGGCUCUCCUUGCUUUUGUGAUCCCUGCCCUGACCAUAGUGGUCAUCAACUUUUUGAUCCUGAUUGUGGUUCUGUACAAAAUGCUGAGGAGAGGCGUGGGGGAUGCUUCCCAGCCAGAUGAGAGAAAUGCUGUUGUGGUCAUUGCCAGGUGUCUGGCUAUUCUGACUCCAUUCUUUGGCCUUGCCUGGGGACUGGGAGUAGGAACCAUGGUUGAUCCAACAAAUAAGGGAAUCCAUAUUGUAUUUGCCCUCUUCAAUUCACUGCAGGGUUUCUUUGUUUUGGUGUUUGGAACACUUUUAGACGGCAAGAUCCGGUCAGCUAUAGCAGGAACGUUCUCUUCCAUCCUCCCAGGCUCUGACCGUACGAGGAGUACCAGUGGUGGCGCGGCAACAUCAUCAACCAGUGCAUUAAACUUCAUCCGAAGAAGGAUAAGGAGGAAUGUCUACAAUGUUUCAGAAGCUGCAAAUUCUUCCAACAGCACUGAUGCUAUAGAGUCUUUCAUUAACACCUAAAAGUACCCAAUUGUCAUACUUGAGUAAAAGUAUAGAUAAAUGAAUAUGAAGUUACUCAAGUAAAAGUCACCCAGUAAAAUACUAUUUGAGUAAAAGUAUUUGUUUUUAAAUAUUCUUAAGUAUCAAAAGUAAAUGUAAUUGAUAAAAAAUACUUACGUAAGUAUCAAAAGUAAAAGUAUAAAUCAUUUAAAAUUAUUUCUUUUAAGCAAAGCAGAUGACACCAUUUUUUUGUUUUUAAAAUGUAUGGAUAGCCAGGGGCACACUCCAACACACAGACAUCAUUUACAAAAGAUGUAUUUGUGUUUAGUGAGUCCGCCAGAUCAGAGGCAGAAGGGAUGACAAUGUGUUUUCUUGAUAAGUGUGUGAGUUGGACCAUUUUCAUGUCCUGCUAAGCAUUCAAAAAGUAACGAGUACUUUUGGGUGUCAGGUAAAAUCUAUGGAGUAAAAA